AUGCUACGAGAAGUCCUGCAAGAUGGCGGUCCGUUUUUCUCUUCAAAAAGCUGGCUUUCGUUCGAGGAGAGUGUCAAAGAGGUAGCUCCCUAUAAAAUACCCAUCGACCCCGAAAGGCCCGAAAGGCCCGAAAGGGUUAUACCCCGGACGUCUGACAUAUACUACGAACUCCUCGAAGGGAAAAAACUGUGCUGUGCUGGUUAUGUGGCCAGCGACCUGACUACGACCAGUGCUAUCGAGAUGGGAUGGGGGUUUAGUUAUAAUGUUAUUGUGGCUUCGGGUAUUGUCGUUGUUGAGAAAGAUGGAAGGGAACCUCCGGUGAACGAUACUGAAAGUGAUUAG